AUGGCGGGAUACAUUAAAAAUGGUUCCCUGCCAGUCCAGACCAUCUCGGACACUCAAGCCUCAAUCCUGGACUUCUUAUUCCCAGGCUUCACCCGCAUGUCUGCCGCUGUCCAAGGGUAUCUUACCAUUAACUUAAACGUUUAUAUCCCUCUAUUAUGUUUUUUUGGAUUAAUAAUAUUUGAUUACAAACAUAUUUACUAG